AUGUCUGCAUUAAGAGUUGUAUUGUUAGGAGUUCUAGGACAUGGAAAAACAUUUCUUUUUAAUAAAAUAACCUAAGCAAAUGAGCCUGUUAUUUAUGGAGGAAAAUCAGUUACAAAAUAAAUUGUAAUUGGCUAAGCUGCACAUGGAGAAUUUGAAAUUGUAGAUACCCCUGGAUUUGAUGCAAUUGAAGAUAAGUUAUUACAUGCUGCUGGCGUGAUUGCAGCAUUAGCUUAAGGAGAUGUCAAUAGAAUACUUGUUGUUGUUAAAUGUGAAAGAACAGAUUUAAUGAUAAAAAAUAUCAAAAAGAUAAUAGGAUCUAUUUAGAGGUAUAAAGAUUUAAUCACUAUUAUUGUUUCUUAUUGGGACGAAAAAUAAAGAAACAUUAUUAAAAAUAAUAAGAAUGUAGAGGAUUAAUAAAAAUAGGAAUUAGAGGCAAAGUAGGACAUUGAAUAAGAUAUUAGAAACAAUUUUAAUAUUAAAUCAGUUGUAUUUACCUCAUUAGAUGAUGAUCCUAUAAAUAUCACAAAAAUGAUAAUAAAUAUUAUUCUUUAAUCACGAUUUACUAAAAUUCAUUUAUAAGAAUCUGAAAUUUAUAGCUAAUUUGAUUUAUUAAGUUUAGAUGAGGAAUCAGAAAUGGAAUUUAAUAAAUCUAUUAAUAAAAUAAAGAAUGGGUUUAGGAGAAUCUCAAAAUCAUUCUUAAAGUAUAUAGAAAAUUAAAAACUAGAUGAACCUUAUUUAAUUGAUAAAUUACAUUACUUAUCAUUAGUAAUUAAAGACAUAGCAAAUUAAAACAUUGAAGAUUUCGAGAAGAAACAUGGAGAUUAUAUGAAUGAAACUUAUGAUACUGAUGGCGUCAAUAUAAGAUAUUUAUAUCAUAUUUAUCUAAAAAAAGAAAUUCGAAUUGAUCUUGAAUAAGUUAUUAAAAAAGCCCAAUCUAAAAUGAAAGAAUCUUAAAAUCACUGUUUUAAUUGGAUUAAGUAAUGUCCUUAUUGCGGAUUGGUUUGGAUAAAAGUUGUUGGAUGCGAAAAUGAGACUACUUGCGGAAAUAGAGUAUAUUCCUCUUUUGAUGAUUUACUAAGAAAGCAAGAAAAAGUAAAUCGUUAUAAAAUAAUAGUAAAAAAUGAUUCCAUUGAUGUUGAAAUUGAGUAAGAAAAAAAAACUGAAAAUUAAUAAGCAAUUCAAUAAGAUGAAGAUAUUUAUUUAAAAUUAUACAAUUCUGUUAAGGAUGAUCCAAUAUUUAGUAUGAACUUCUAAAUUUACCUUAUAAAUUAUGAAAUAAAUUAGUUAAUGUAUGAAUUUGCAACUUAAUUAAUUGGUUAUGAAAGUUUAAGCUACUAUUAUGAAAAUAUGGAUGAAGAGAGCGAAUAAAUGUUGAUAAAUGAAUUCAAGAAUGGACUGAGAGUAAAUGGUUGGCUAUUAAAUUAUUAAAAUAACGAAAUAAUAACUGAAUAACAGUCAUUAGGAUGUGGGAGAGAAAUUGUGUGGAAAAAUUUACCUCCUCUAAGCGGACCAUUGCUAUAAGAAUUAUUAACACCUGAACUACUUGAUUACUUUAAUGAUCAAGACUAAUUAUUAAAAGAUGAAGCUGAUGAUAUUGCAAAAGAACUUCAAAAAACAUACAAGGAUCUUGUGAAUUAAGCAAUUAAUGAAUAAAUGAGGCAUAUAAAAGUAAUACCAAAAUAAUAAAAUCAAAUGUAAACCUAAAAAUAAGAAAAUGAUGAUUAAAAGGGAGAUAUUAAAUAAAACUAUUAAAAUCUUAUUAAGGAAACAAAGAUUCAACAAUAAUAAAUUAAAAGAAGAUAUAGUGUUAAAAUGAUGACAGAUUCAAGUUUAUAUGAAGAUACAGAAACAAUAAAUACUUCCAGAACACAAGAGUCUGAAACAUAGUCAUCAAAAAAUAUUUGA